AUGGACAGAGUCCCUUCAGCUCUGGAGCUGCCCCAGCCUCUGCUGCCGCACCAGAGGGACAGCCGGAGGGGUCUGGGAGAGGAGGAGCAGCACCUGCUGAGCAGCACGGCCGCUGUCCAGACGCUGGCCAACGUCAUCCGGCCUUGCUAUGGCCCACACGGCCGGCAGAAGCUGCUGGUGACCGCGAAGGGAGAAACAGUGUGCACGGGGCACGCCACCGCCAUCCUCAGGGCCUUGGAGCUGGAGCACCCAGCGGCCUGGUUCCUCCGCGAGGCAGCCCAAACCCAAGCAGAGAACACUGGGGACGGCACGUCCUUCGUGGUCCUUCUGACGGAGGCCUUGCUGGAGCAGGCAGAGCACCUGCUGAAGGCCGGCCUGCCACGCUCGCAGCUCCGGGAGGCCUUCACCGCAGCCACCGCGGAGGCGUUGAGCGCACUGCCCACACUGGCCAUCCGCUCUCUGGGGCCUUUAGAAGACCCAUCCUGGGCCCUUUACUCCGUGAUGAAUACCCAUGCCCUGUCCCACGCGGAGUACUUGACCAAGCUGGUGGCCCACGCGUGCUGGGCUAGCAGGGAACUGGACGGCAGCUUCCGGGCUGAGCGCGUGGGGGUGUGCGCACUGCAGGGAGGGUCGCCGGAGGAGUCCUGCCUGCUCCCGGGCUUGGCGAUGGCUGGGAAGCUCUGCGGGCAAAUGACCACAGUGUUAAAUGGGGCCACAGUGGCUCUCUUUGCUUGUCCCUUUGGUCCUGCCAGUCCCAAUGCACCCGCAACUGCCCGUCUCUCUAGUCCUGCUGACCUGGCUAAAUAUAGAAAAGGAAUCGAGCAAUUGAUAGAAAAGCAAGUGUCCCAGCUGGCAGCCAUGGGUGUCAACGUGGCAGUGGUGUGGGGGGAUAUCGACGAGAAGACUCUCACGCUGGCGGACAAGUACCGCCUGGUGGUGAUUCAAGCCAGGUCUCGGGCGCAGCUAAUUUACCUGAGCGAGGUGUUCAGCACACCUUUGCUGACUGGUCUGCUCCCUCCGCAGAAGCCAGGGAGGUGCCAGAGUGUUUAUAGGCAGGAAGUGGGAGAAGAUGGGGCCAUAGUAUUUGAGUGGGAAUGCACAGGCACGCCUGCCCUCACCGUGGUCCUGAGGGGAGCCACCACCCAGGGGCUGCGUGGGGCGGAGCAGGCUGUGUACCACGGCAUCGAUGCCUACUUCCAGCUGUGCCAAGACCCCAGACUGAUUCCAGGCGCAGGGGCCACAGAGAUGGCCCUGGCGAAAAUGCUCUCAGAUAAAGGAAGCAAGUUGGAAGGGCCCAGUGGUCUUGCAUUCCUGGCGUUUGCCCGGGCCCUGAGGUCUCUUCCUAAAACCCUGGCAGAGAAUGCAGGUUUAGUUGUUUCGGAUGUGAUGGCAAAAAUGAGUGGAGUUCACCAAGCUGGGAACUUCCUAAUUGGAGUGGGAGCUGAAGGGAUAAUAAAUGUGGGCCACCACGAAGGUGUGUGGGACACCCUGAUGGCCAAAACCCAAGCAUUUCGGGCAGCAACUGAGGUGGUGCUGCAACUUGUGACUGUAGAUGAAAUUGUAAUGGCCAAGAAAAGCGGCACACAAGCGAAAAUCUUGAUUCCUGACUCUAAGAAGGCAAAGAGACUCCUCCCUGCUGGGAAAGGGGAGAACUGCAUCUCGAUCCUAGGUCUGGGUCGAUGUGGGCUUAACAAGGCAUUUUCCAUUUCAAACCCCCCAAGCAGUAAAGACGCUGCUCUGGGUCACCUGUACGCUCGCCCCGCGCCCGGCUGUGCUACGAGCGCCGAGCCACCCCGCCCUGCCCGGCAGCUGGGCAGCGGGGGGCAGCUGAGCAAAACGCGAAACCUGGAGAAGGGAUUCUUUGCCUUUUACAUCAGGGAAGAAAGGAAAACAGUAAGUCGAGAAAAGAAAAAGGAGUCGGGAGGUAUGUGGGAAGAGAAGGGGUUUGGAGGCAGGUGUAGAAAAACUCCACAGCGGCAGAAACUCCACAGUGCUCCGGCUCCUGGAAUGGGCAGGAAGUGGGAGAGGGAGAGACCUGGAGAAAAGGAGGAGAGGAGCAUGACUGCGGGCGGGAAGCACCGAACACCCGACCGAGAAGGCCCGCAGAAACACAACGCUGAGAGACCAGCGCGACUUCGGUCCAAAAAGGGGCCACGGAGGGGGCGGGGCGCCAUGUGGCUCCAGGCCAAUGGCAGGGCGAGCGGGGGUGGGGGGCGGGCCUGCGGGGUUGAGGCGGGGCGCCAGACGGCGCAAGGCCAAUGGGAGGGCGAGCGGGGGCGGGGUCACGGCGCUAAUGUGAGGCGGGGCCCCAGGCGACGUGAGGCCAAUGAGAGGGCGGGUCGGGGCGGAGGAGAGACGCCAGCCCAAUGGGAGGGUGAGAUGGAAGGGCGGGGAGCCAGGUGGCGCGAGGGCCAAUGGAAGGCCGAGUCAGAGACCGCGGGCGACGAACUAGGUCACGCGCUCUCAGAGUCGGGGCGCCUCCGCCCCGCCAGGCCUGGCGGGCGGCCCGUGGGCCUGGCCGCGCGUCUUUCUCUUCCUGCCCGCGGCCGUGGGGGCGGGGCGGCCCUCCGGGACACCUGCCUGCCCGCCCGCCCCGACGGCUGCCGUGGGCUCCUGCUGCUGCCUGGUCCCCCUAGGGCUUCCCGGCUGCCUCGACUCUCGGCCGCCCCCACGCCGCUCGUGCCCGCGGGCCCGGGCUUGCGGAAGCGCUCGGGGCUGAGGGCGCACUACUUGGCGCGGAGGUGCCCCGACGGGCGGAGGGAUUCCGCACGUAGCCGCGUCACCUGCGCCCCGCCGCGAGGGGCGGCCUCUCCGGGGCCCUAA